UUCAAAGCCUCCAGGCCCUCCACGCUUCUGAACUCAUCACCAUUACCAGCGCCGGGUGUCUCUUUCGUCAAACUUCUCACUCAGAAUUCGAAAUCUUGGAAACAGAAGCAAACGCGAGUCUGUGAAUCCCGCAAGCAAUGAGUUACAGAAGGGAGCACCGUGCAGCCAGAGCGUCUCUCUUUGAUGGCUUUGAUGGACUUGAGGAAGGUGGUCUUAGGGUGCCCUCCUCAUACUCCCAUGAAACUAAUGAGCAUGCCAAUGAGAGAGCUGUGGACACUUUGCAAGAUAGAGUUAUAUUUCUUAAGAGAUUAACAGGUGAUAUACAUGAUGAGGUGGAAAGUCAUAAUCGUCUGCUUGACCGUAUGGGUAACGACAUGGAUUCGUCAAGGGGCGUGAUGUCAGGAACCAUGGAACGGUUCAAGAUGGUAAAUGACUCAAUUGUGGUAUGUACUGUCAAUUGCAAUAUGGAUGCCAUGCAUUUCAAAGGUGAUCAGCAUCUAGGCCAUACUAAAUUUGUGAUCUCCAUAGUCAAUCCCGAAUCCUCUGUGGAGAUGCUUAUAUUAAGGUCCUCCGAUAUUUUCCGGUUGGUUAAAGUAUAACUAUGAGAACCCUUUCCACUUCUUAGAUGAUGGAUGUUGAGGAGGAAAAUCAUGCCUGUGAAGGUGUAUUAACCCUUUUAUUGCGGCAAGAAACUGAAACAUGACUAAUUAGUGGGUUCUCAGCAGCUCUGCCACAAUAUAGUUGCUCGCCGGAGGUUUUAUGUUAGCUAGAAUGGCCGGAGGCUAAAUUGCAGGCUUGAGUCUAUGGAAGGUUAGAAUGAAUCGUGAACGAACUUUUUGGCAUCAUUAUAUCUGUGCAUGUUGGCCUUAAGAGUGGUAUGCUGCAUUUGUAUUCUGUAGGAGAGAUUCAUGGGAAAAUUUCCCUCGUGCAAUCUAAUUCUACUAAAAAUAUUGGGGGUUAAGCUUAAGCAUCAGUA